CCGCCUGAUGUCGUUGGACUCCAAUUCCCAGCAUUCCUAGCCACCGUCGUCAACAGUCAGGAAUGAUGGGAGUUGCAGUCCAAAAAAAGAAGAAAAAAAAUCUGGAGGGCCUCACGUUUGCCACAACUCUAUUGAGUGACUGGAUAAAGAGACUACAAUUCCCAGCGUGCAAUGCAGCAAAGCAGCAGGAUGCGGGAGCUGUACGGUGGCUGCGAAGGCACGUGAGGGGUGUGGCGAUAUACGGUGGCUGGUGGGGCUCGCGCCGGAGGCGGCACUGACAGUGGCGGGAUGGAGUCGGUGGUGUUCAUUUUUUCGCUCAUUGAUUGCUGCGCCCUGAUCUUCCUCUCCGUUUAUUUCAUAAUUACACUAUCAGAUUUGGAAUGUGACUACAUUAAUGCUAGAUCUUGCUGCUCAAAACUAAAUAAAUGGGUGAUCCCUGAAUUGAUUGGCCAUACCAUUGUCACUGUAUUAAUGCUUAUUUCACUGCACUGGUUCAUCUUCCUCCUCAAUUUACCUGUAGCAACCUGGAAUAUAUAUAGGCACAUUAUGGUUCCUAGUGGAAACAUGGGAGUAUUUGACCCCACAGAGAUCCAUAAUCGAGGGCAGCUGAAAUCGCACAUGAAGGAAGCCAUGAUUAAGCUUGGCUUUCAUCUCCUUUGUUUUUUCAUGUAUCUUUAUAGUAUGAUCUUGGCGCUGAUAAAUGACUGAAGUAGAAGUGUUACAGUUGCCAAAUUCUGAGUUGUCACUCACAGCUUUCAAGUAAACCUAGACCAGUGUCGUCAUGCAGUAUAUUUUUCCUCUUUGAACAAAAAUAUUUUUGCUGUAUUUUUUAACAUAAAAAAUAUUUUAAAAACCAACAUACUUAGUUUCUCGAACCAUUGAUUUGUCCCUUCUCCAGUCGAUUUUCCUAUUAUAUCCAAUUCAUAUUUUUCUCAAGAAUGCCAGCUAGCUAAUGAAUGGAGUCAGAUGAUGGCACCAAUGCCAGGAUGUCACCAUCAAGAGUUGUUUUGUGAAUUACCACUGUUAUAAGUACAUAACUAUCAAUUCCUGUAUUUUACUGAAUUUUAUUUCCCUUGGACCUAACUUUUUAAAAUCUUUCACUUCCUCGCUCCUCAUGUAUCCACAGAAACACACACACACACAGCCCUCUAUAAAUCAGGAUAGCACUUAAUGCAGUGCUGGCCAAACUUGGCCCUCCAGCUGUUUUGGAACUACAAUUCCCAUCUUCCCUGAC